AUGUCCUCUCAGCAGAGCGCCAAAGGUUUUUCCAAGGGCUCUUCGCAGGGCUCCUCAGUCCCUUGUCCUGCCCCGACGCCCGCCCCGGCCUCCUCAUCCUCCUGCUGCCGAGGCUGUUGCAGUUCAAGCGGCGGUGGCUGCGGCUCCGGCGGUUGUUGUGGUUCGAACGGCGGCUGCUGCGGGUCCAGCUCCACCGGCUGCUGCUGCUUUCCUCGGAGACGACGUCGCCAACGCCGCGGCUGCAGUUGCUGCGGAGGCGGCAGCCAGAGAUCCCAGUGUUCUACCAACAACCAGAGCUCCGGCUGCUGCUCUGGCGGCUGUUGA